AUGGAAACUGAUCCAAUGAAUGUUACACAAAAUCAAACUUAAACAAGGCGUCAUUAUCCAAAAGAUGUUUAAGUAACUAAAUUUUUGUGAUAAAAAGGGUUUAAAAUCUGAAUGGUAUGGAAUUGAACAUCAUAUGUAUGAGAUUGGAUAAGACAUUUAACGCAAUGAAAGAGAAAUUUUGAAUCUGAGAAAGAAGGAAUUAUUGUACCAGAUUAUUAUUUGAUUCUAUUAGGACUGAAUUGGAUCGUAAAAUGCUUGAGUAAUUGCAAAUUAAACAGAAAGAAUUGGAGUAGAAAUAUGAAGAUGCACAAGAAAUGAAAAGGAGAUAAAUGAAAUUCUAAGAGGAAUAAAAAAAGUUCUUAGAAGACAAGGCAGUAUUGCAAAAAGGCAUCUCUUCCAUAUAUGACAAAUAAAAAUAAGACUCCUUGAUUAGAGAAAUGGAUUUGAGACAAUAAAAGUUAGAUUGGGAACAGCAGGCUUUGGAUGAGAAUAGAAGGCGAAUGGAAUAGGAUUUCCUGUAGAGGAGAUUGCAAAAGGAACAAUGGGCUAAAGAAUAAGAUGCAGACCUUAAACUAUCCUAGUUAAGACAUAUGGAAGAAAGAGAAAGAUUUAGAAAUGAUUAAAUUGAAAUUCAAGAGUUGAAUAGAAGAAAUGCUGAAAAAGAAUUAAUCAAAGAGGAAAACUAUAAAAAUGUAUCAAAACCAUAUCUAAUUAGUUCUAUAAACUAUGUUCUCAAAAUCAAGCAUAAUUAUAGAAAAUGCAUAUUGACAAUGUCCUUCAACCUUUAUUGGAAAGACAAGCUUAGUUGGAAUCAAUGAUCUCUAAAAAUAUGGAUGCAUAUUAAAGAAAAUUACUUUAAGAAGAAUUGGAUCGUGUAUUGAGGAGACAAGAAGAAUAUAGAUAAACAUUGAAUGUUAAUAAAAAGAUGUUGGAUGAAAGAGAAUAAGGGAAAGUGCAGGAGAAGAGUGUUAAAUAAGAGUUAAAUAAAUAAAGAUUGGAAGACGUACUGCUAUCUUAUUAUAAUUAGCUUUAAAAUUACAACUAAUUCUUAGUUUAAAGAAAGGUUGAUUAAGUAGAAUAACAAAGAUAAUACAAAGAAUAUUUAGAUCAAUAACGAAUAGAAAAGUAUCAAUCAUCCAAUAUUAUAGAGAGGAAUAAAGACUGAAACAACAAAGGAUGGGAAGACAAGAAAAGUCUAUGAAUAUGUUAGAUUUAUAGGCCUAUAAAAAUUAAGAAUCAUAAUUAAAUGCUAAGAUUAUUGGAUGGUCACCAUAAGUUGGGUAUAUUAUCUUUUCAUUUUACAUAGUUAAUUACCACCAAAAUAAGACUACUUAUUAAAAUAACAAUCUCUAGCUUAAUUAAAGUAGGAUGAGAUGAAUACAAUUAAUUAAAAUUUGAGUAGUGUUUCUCAAGUGAGUCGAGGACAGGCUUUAAGGGGGGCAGGAUAAAAUGCUAUUCAUUAAAGUCACAAUCCCCUUACAAAUCCUAUUCCAUUUAAUAAUCAGAAUCCCUACAUAUAGAAAUAAUAUGAAUAAAUGAUUAGACCAAGACCUUAUUGA